GUACUGGACCCACUUGUGCCUCGACCGCGUAAUUCUGGUAGCUCCAAUUCAAAGCUCCCCUACCCAUUCUUCUCAACCUCUCAAAUGCUCUCAUUUCUAUCAAUUUUCUUAAUUCGCACGUGGAAAGAAGCGUUCUAAGGUUAUUGUGACAAUUGUUCCCACUUCGUUUAUCUUAGUAUUGUUCUCUUAGCUUUUAGCCUCGAAGGCUUAGAGCCCUACCAAAAGACCCGAACCAUCCAACAUGAAUAAAAAUUGGAAUGACAGAGCUGACAAAGAUCUCUUCUUCACCAUUCUCUCUGUUAAGAAUAUCGGUGUAAUAAGUGGCGCAGAAUGGACUACUAUUGGUAAUCAUAUGCGGUCCCUUGGCUAUGGCUUCACCAACGAGGGAUGCCGCCAACAUUUUCAAGGCCUUCGCCGAGCUCAGCAUAAGGUUGAAUCGAAUGGUGGUGGGUUGGACAGUCAACGUAAAGCCGAUCCUACCCAAAAUCCCAUUACAAGGCGCCCAGGACCUGGUCGUGGACGCCCCAGAAAGCAACCACCCAUACCCAUUUCAAAUCUCGACGACGACGAUGGGGAAGGACCCACUUCCGGGGCAUCAGGACAGCUGCAGGACGCCCAUUCCGAUGCCGCAGGUACUUCCGGCGACAUUUCUCUGCAUAUCCCGGUUGAAGAAACUGAUUCCUUGAACCUGGUACAAGACGACUCGGCUCUUGAUGAUGAACAACCUUCAAAACGGCAACGCCUCGACGAAAGUGACCAACAAGAAAAUGACGAAGUCGCCGUUCUCGCCUUGACAGCAGAUGGUAUAACCGAACCUGAUGAUCAUUAUGGCAGCUCAGCAGAGUUUUAUGGCGAGGCAUAGGUGUUACCAUACUUCUAGUACUAGUAGUGUCGUACACUGGUUCAUUUAAGCUGCUUGAUUUUCAACAUGAAGCUAAUAGAAGACGAAGACUCACGUUUGCUUCUUUUACGGAUGGAGAACGAGAGGAUCAUCUCCAGGGUGCUUAUGUACAACAUUUGCGGCAUCGCGUUGAUCGGUAGUCUGGAGUUAUGAGCGGGCUUUUAGGUAUGAUGGGGAUAAAA